AUGGAGCAAAACUACGAGAAUGCUAUUGCUACGUUAAACACACUACAAUCCAACUAUAGCGUUUUACAGGAUUCCAUUCAAAGCAGGCAUAAAAACGAUUCAAAGCAUACAAGCGACACAGUAAAAUUUUUAAAACGAAUCGGCAUCACAAUGGAGAAGUUGGAUCUACUUCCCGUGAUACAUGUUUCCGGAACGAAGGGAAAGGGGACAACGUGUGCUAUGGUGGAAUCGAUUCUUCGAUUUAAUGGUUAUCGCACCGGGUUCUUUAGCUCACCGCACUUGGUGUCUGUAACGGAGCGCAUCCGUCUAGAUGGACAACCGAUUUCAAAAGACCGUUUUGCGGAGCAUUUUUGGAAGAUUUACAACAUGCUAUUCGCUGCCCAGGAACGUGAGGCGGAUAUGCCAUCGUACUUUGGAUUCCUGACCUUGCUAGCUUUAAAUGUGUUCAUUGGCUCGGUGGAUGUAGCAGUAAUAGAAGUUGGGAUUGGCGGACGGUACGAUUGCACAAAUGUUCUACGAAAUACACCAACGGUCGGCAUUACCUCCCUUGGGCUGGAACAUACGCAACUGUUGGGAGAAACGUUGGAAGCGAUUGCUUGGCAAAAAGCCGGAAUCGUAAAGCAAGGAUCAGAUGUAUUUGUCGCAGAGCAACCAGCUGAAUGCAUUGCUGUAAUUGAGAGCGAAUGUCGCCUGAAAAAUGCAAAGCUACACACAGUCCCAUCUCGGUUGCAACAGUAUCGUUGGACGAAGAUUCCUACGAUGGUGGACAAUUGCUGUCCGGAAAUGGAAAUUAAUACAUCACUGGCAAUUCAAAUAGCGACGAACUGGAUUCGGCGUACACGUCCUCAUAUUUUACCAUUUGAUGAUAAACUGCUGAUACCUGAAAAAAUUGUAGAAGGGGUCAAUUGUUAUUUUUGGCCCGGAAGACUACAAAUCAUUCCUUGUGAGGGAAAGCGAACAAUUUUCCUAGACGGCGCUCACACACCGGAUAGCGUUGCAGUGUGCGCGCGAUGGUUCCAAACGAAAUCUGCAAGCGAGCAUAAACGAUUGUUGGUCUUCAAUUCUACCGGUGAUCGGGAUGCGUUGUCUCUUUUGUCUACAUUGGCGCGAACCAUUUCCUUCGACGCAGCAUUCUUCACACCAAAUUUGGCUUUUACUUCCUCCAGUACUAACUUCGAUACUGUUAAUCAUAACUUUCCCCUAGAUUUACAAAUACAGCGUUGUGAAAAAUAUCACUCGCAUUGGGUAAACCAUUUAAAACAGGCUUCGGGGUUCGUACAUAAUUCUGUAAAAUCCGUCUUCGAUUACAUUGACAACAACUAUCCCGCAUGCGAUGAACCAUGCGACAUUUUAAUUACCGGAUCGAUUCAUCUUCUUGGUGCAACACUUACAGCGUUAAGAAUGGAGGAUCGUGUUUUAAGCUAA